GAAUUGGCCUUUCCACUCACGCACACACAACAAUUUUGUUCGUGUUGUGUUUGUGUGUCCGUGUAUUGAGAGAGAGAGAGAGAGAGAGAGAGAGAGAGAGAGAGAGAGAGAGAGAGAGAGAGAGAGAGAGAGAGAGAUGAUGAUGUUUGAAGGGAGAGCGAUGGGGCAUUGGGCGCUUUAUAAGCCUAGAUAUCGCCGUCUGGCCAUCUCUCUAAUGUUUGUGGCAGCGCUGGUCUUCGCCAUCACAUGCGUGCCACGUGUCCAUCAGCCACAGGCCUAUCAUAGGUUUGCUGACAAGCGCACACUUAUUCCGGGUAUUCCUAAUACGCUGAAUGUAUUGUCCAACUUUCCAUUUUUGGUAAUCGGCUGCAUCGGCAUCGUGCUGUGCCUUCAUGGCAAUCGUUUUGGCUUCACGUCCUUUGGGGAGACCUGUGGCUGGGUGCUGUUCUUCCUCGGUGUAUUCGCCACCGCGUUUGGAUCUACUUAUUACCAUCUACUUCCAAAUGAUGGCCGCCUCGUCUGGGAUCGACUUCCGAUGACGGUGUCAUUUACGUCAAUCCUCGCAGUUUUUGUGAUUGAGAGGAUCGACGAACGAACAGGAACCAGGUGUCUGAUUCCAUUUUUGGCCUUCGGAAUCGGGACUAUUGCCUACUGGAGAUGGACAGACGACUUGCGUUUCUACCUUGUUGUCCAGUUCUUCCCUCUUAUUGCAAUUCCCUGGAUGACGCUCAUCUUACCUCCGAAGUAUUCGCACAACGAUUACUGGCUCUGGGCCGCAGCGUGGUAUGUAUUGGCCAAGAUUGAGGAGGUGCUCGACAAAAGGAUAUUCAAGCUGUUGCAUUUCACACUGAGCGGACAUACGCUUAAACAUUUGUGUGCGGCGAUGACUCCUGUUUGCAUCUUAUUGAUGCUCCAUCGCCGUUGUGUACUGACGGAGAGGUUGUGGGACAUCAAUGGCGUGGAUGAGAUCUCCACUGCUACUGAGGUGACCAUCAUCAGGGCUCCAAGACGACAACUCUUUCAGCAAGAAAGGCGCAUUGAGAAGAGAGUAGCAGGCGAAGGAGGAGGAAAAGAAGGGCUUCGGGAAGGUAUAUCUGUCUACGCAAUGAGCAGAGGUCAGCAUCACCGGGGUGAGGGACGCCACCAACUCCUUGAGCAACCUAUUCUGCACCCCAUUGACAACUGUUCAGGUCUCCAUAUGAGAGCUCUAUGGGGUGUUCCAGUGAACGGGACGCAAUGCGUGGAGGAUGUACGGAGUGUAAUGGGAAGAGCAUUCAAGGCUAGGACACAGACGGAAGGACUCAGAAUGUAGAGCAAAACUGGCAGAAAACGGCAUUCGGGGCGUUAAUGGCGAGAAGAGAACGUGUUGCGCGGGCUGGCUUCUGUGGAAACUCAAGGCUGUUGUGGUAUUCAUGACUGCGAAGACACGUGGAACGACACAAAACUCGUUCGGGGCGUGAAUGGGGAGGAGAACAUGUUGCGAGGGUUUGCUACUUCGAAUACACAAGGCGGUUACUACUAUGUGAUAGACGGUUUGGUCAUCAGGCGAAGGUGGAAGGGGUGGAGGAUAAGAGAUGGAUAGACUCUUAUGCUUUCGGGUGGUGCGGGAGAGGUGGAAGGGAAGAUGAACGGUCUCUCGAUCCCGUCGUGUUUUGCCUGGUACGGCAACACUCACACCUGAUGAUCCCAUUGACAGCUGCUAAAACCAUCGUCAGCUCUGAAGGAAGCAGCAGCGGUGUUGGAGGGUAACGACGUCGCUAGUGGAACGGUGAUCAUCUGGCUUUCUCCGUGCACGUAUACGAAAAGAAAGGAGGUCAGGAUGUUGUCGAAUAUAUAUGAGGGAUGGAAUCGUGGCUAAGCAUGGUAUGCCGCGGAGGAAGAUGUCAAUCCUGGGAAGAACAAUUGAGAAAUUUAGAUUGAACUUGAUUGAAGGGAAGUGAUUUUGCGGACGAGGUGGAAGGCUCGCAACAAGUCUUCGCCUCGCGAAGAACAGCGAAAUGGAAACCACAUCGUUAGCGGACUUCUGGAGCGAUUUUGCAGACUAAACGCUUGCAACAGGUCGUCGUGAAGAACAGCGAAAUGGAAACCACGUCGAUUGCCUGCGACGAGUCUUUGACCCUCACGAAGACGAAUGGCAUUGUUGAUGAUACUUGUGGGAAGCUGGAGUGACGGUCCUUGGUUUCUUGCCGGCUACGUAUGCGCCCAUGCAUCUGUGGUGGGGCAAUGUAUGCAUGCGGAUACAUCCCUCCGUUUGUGGGCCGGCUUCUGUCGGCAAGGUCCUCCCUGUGUUCUCCCUCCUGGAGACUUAGAGAGAGAAGAAAAAAGACUAUCAUUCUCGCGGAGCUUGACUUGGCAGGAUCAAUACAAGCACUACGGUGGAUGGAUGCCAUUUCUCAGAGGCGCCUAUUGUCAGGCAAGGUGCCUAUGAAUGCGAACUUUUUCGCAGAUCUCUAUGCUCAGACAGGCGCCGGAAGUUGAAACUGGUGGGUGGGUAUGCUUCACCGCAAUCGCAAUGAAGUUACCUAUCAUGUGUGGCAUGUGGAUACGUACUUGCGGCGCUUGUUCUCAGAUUUGAAAAGGAGAAUUUUUUGUGUUUUGACAUUGAGGGAAGAGAGUAUCGCUGACGGUCCUCGACGAGAGCAGCAGCAGCAUUAUCUAUUGUGUUUUGACAUUGAGGGAAGAGAGUAUCGCUGACGGUCCUCGACGAGAGCAGCAGCAGCAUUAUCUAUCACUGCCUUUUGGCUUACUGUCCCCAGCGGUAGAGGUGUGUGCAUUACUCAGACUCGCUUUUCGGCAUUGACGAUGACGGGAAAUGCAUGCGAUGACAAGAUAGCAUGCCAGCAUCUUGACGGCUCACCAAUGCACUCCCCCGGCUGUCACCGGCCGAUGGUGAGAUGCAUUGCUGCUUGGCUUCAACGGCCGCCACCUUGCGGACAUGACAAUUAAAAAACGUGGAUCUGCGAAGCAUGGAGACAAUGAAACGCCAAAGAACGC